GUUUUAGCUUCAUAUUUUUUUGGUUACUUGGAUACUAAGUGGUCUAAAGAUGAUGAUGAGGAAAUUUGUUUAAGGAAAUAAUCAAAUGAGAUGAAAACCUUCAACGCUUGAACUCUAACAUUAUUAUGCAGGCUUUUAAGAACUGUAAAACUAUACUUGAAUUGGGCACCAGAUGUAGAAGAAAACUACUUGGGCAUCAAAUGUCUUAUUUAGGCUAAAAUGGAUAACAUCUAGAUUCUAGAACUUAUUAGAUUAAGUAUUAGAGCUGACUCUCAUGCCUCUAGUUUGCAGUGACCAACGAGCUUGAGGAUUGAAUAAAGGUAUUUGAAUGUUGUCAUUUUGUAUCAAGAAUUUAAUGAUUUUUUAGUGGAAAUGAAAACUAUAGUUGGGUGGAUAAUUAAAUGGGGUGGCUAUUAGUGCUCACUUUGAAAGAUAAACAUACCGUCCCUUUUUAUUUAGCCAACUUUGACUUUUCUAUUUAAAGCUGAUAAACUUUGAUCCAAUAUUUUAACUAAUACGGAGUAUAUUUAUGUGAAAAUAAAUUUAUACUUUUAUGAUAGUAUUUUUAACAAAGAACAUUUUCAUAUAAUUUUCACAUUAUCAAUACUACCGUGUAUAAAUAUAUAAUUGGUCAAAGUUGAACAACUUUGACUUGAAAAACAGUGUUUCCCUAAAUAAAAACCGAUAGAGGGAGUAUCAUAUUUGGUAAAAUUUGUGUGGCUCAAAAUCAUUCUUACUUUAUUCUUACUUUAUCAAUUAAUAUCAACCACACAAACUCACUUUUCUUAAAAAUCAUGUCACCCUCUUCCGUCCCAAUAUAAAAGGGACGGAGGUAGUACAUGUUUAAAAACAUCACUAUUCUGGAAACUUAACAUGCAUGAUUAAUUUGAAACUAAUGUUAUAAUUAAACGAUCAAAAUGAAACAAAUUAAAGUAGUGUGACAAAAUUAAAAUUUACUUAAAAGUAAAGUGAUCACCGAAGUUAAUAUCCCAAAUAAACAACAUAUAAUUUGACUGGUUUUGAUUUUUUCUUUCUUCUCUUUUUCGGUCAUGAUGGCUUUUUUACUUUUUGGUUAUCAACUUUUUUCUUUAGGCCUACUUGGUAGAAUGUUUUUACUUCCAUUGUGAUUUCUUUUUUGGUGUAUGUUUAAGUAGGGUCCUAGUCCAUUUAAGUUUGGUCUGAUAAAGGUCUGGUAUUUGUGUAUUUUUACUAUUACCAAAUUUUGGUUUAUUCAGAUUUGGUAAAAAUCUCCAAAUAUUUAUAUUGUACUAUUCUGCAAAUCUGAUUUGGUCUGUUUAAGUCUAAACUAAAAUCAGUCAAAGUGAAAAUUGUAAUAGCUCAUUAAUAAGAAAUGUUGGAAUCGGCUCAUUCUACUGAAAUAGCUGAAACUAUGAUUGGAACUAUUAAAUUGGCCAAAUCUAUUGAAUUGUGAAACAUUAAGUUAAUUUUUUUAAUAAAACGAAUAACAAAUCAAAUGGCAAAAACUAAACUAGUCCUUAGUAGAUUCAGUCAUUCAGGCAACACAUAUUUAAGUCAUUCAAGUCACAGCCAUUUAAGGAAUGAAUUGUGUGGUUGAUAAUUUGAUAUUAUUCUCUUUUUCUACCAAUUAGAAGCAUACAUUUCUUAUUUCUUAAUUAAUGUAUUAAGUGAAGGUGAGAAGAAGAUUUAGGAUCUAUUGUACUAAUAAAGAAGAGGGAGUAUGUAUAUACCAAAUUGACAAUUGUGAACUUGAAAUAGGUUCGUGUGAGAAUAUGAUUAUUCCGGUUCUGUUUGGAAUUUGAGAAUCUCCUUUGCCCCUAAUUAAGGGGUUUCAAUUGUGAAUAUUUUAAUUGCAUAUUCAUUCAGGGGUUUCUUAUGAUGUUUUAACAUCUUUUUUCUUUUUCGGAUUUCAACUUUGUAUGUCACACUUAUCUGCCAUAUAUGGAGGUGAAUGACAGAAUUAGUGGACUUCCUCUGGACAUACUUGCUCAUAUUUUGGGAUUACUGCGGAUCGAAGAAGCCGCUAAACCUGCCAUUUUGUGUACGAGCUUGAGAGAUGCUUGGUUGAGCCUUACACACCUCAACUUUGAUAGCGAGUUCUUCAAUUACAUUCGGGACCGUUACAUGGCAGAAUCAACAAUGUCCAUAAUCGACACAAUUAUUAUCAAGCACAACGGACCUAUUCAAAAAUUUGUGUUUGAUUUUAACUUCAGAACUGUUAAGAAGAAGUUGAGGUGGUUCGACUUUGAUGAAUGGUUACUUUGUCUCACCCAAAAUGGUAUAGAGGAAAUACACCUGUGUUUCAGCGGAUAUACUGCAUACAUAUUGCCAGAGUUCAUAUUUUCUUGCCCAACACUAAAGACGUUGCAUCUUUCGGGAGUCUUGUUUGAACAAAUUAGCACCCCUUGCAUAUUCCCGAAUGUGACUUCACUCUUCUUAAAAAACGUCAGGUUUGAUGAUAGAAAAUGUUGUGCUGCUGAACUUCCUGUGCUCAGGAAUCUAACGUGUGAAAGCGUUUCUGGUUGUAUCUUUACUGCCCCAAAGCUAAGAAGUUUGAAAUUUAGUGUUGAUCAUGAUUCUACCAUUGCUGGAAGAAACCAUUCUCUCAUUCUUCCGGUAAAGUUAGACUUGAGAACUAUACACUCUCUUCAUCUUGAAGGUACUGACCUUGAGUGGUUUGUUGAAGAAUUAUAUAGGGUGGGUCAUGAACGAACUACACCAAAUGUGGAACACUUGCAGCUACGCUUGAUGUAUGGCCCAUAUUUCGAUAACAUAUCAGUUUGCUUUCAGUUGCUGCAGAUGUGCCCAAAGUUAACCAAACUUGACAUACAUUUAAUGUUCCGGGCAGUUGAAAGUGCAAAUGAACUAUUGGAGCUCCCUAACCAUACUUUGGCUCAAACAUUCAAUUCAAUUCGAGAAUUAAGUAUUGUUUGCAGCCGUUUAAAAGGGUCAAGACAUGAAAUGGUUUUCAUCAAAUGGCUUCUUCAUCGCUUUCCUGCACUUGAGAAGGUUGUCUUUUUUCAACCAAAUUCGUAUUGGGGCCACAAUUUGUGCGAAAAUAUGGAGACACUUUUGUGCUUUCUGCGUGCCGAUAUAGAAGUAGAAAUGUCUUAUGUUAAAAAAAUGCCAAUUGAAUAUACUAGCAUUCAAAACGUAGUUAUUUUAAAGUUCAUCUCUCCAUAGUUAUUAAUUUCGAGUUCGUUGAAUUGUAAAUGAGUACCUCUACUUAAGAAUGGAUAUGUAAACUAUUGCUUAAGUCGUAUUUUCCCACACUCGAUUCAUUAUAACUUCAAGG